AAUCCAUUGGUGUUGAGAAAAUUCCCGGCAAGAAUUGACAUGAGACAACAUGAACUUCACAGAUACAACACAGAAUAUGGGAACUCAGCACCGAAUAAAAGUAGAUGUUCCUGAUCAUGUUCUUUACACUGUAGGCUCCUGUGUUCUUGUCAUUGGUUCCAUUGGAAUCACAGGAAAUCUCCUUGUCCUCUAUGCAUUUUACAGCAACAAGCGGCUGAGGACACCGGCAAACUAUUUCAUAAUGAAUUUAGCAGCAAGUGAUUUUCUGAUGUCUGCAACUCAAGCUCCAAUCUGCUUUCUCAACAGCAUGCACACAGAAUGGGUACUCGGAGACAUAGGUUGUAACUUUUAUGCUUUUUGUGGGGCACUCUUUGGAAUAACUUCAAUGAUGACUUUAUUAGCUAUUUCAGUUGAUCGCUACUGUGUGAUUACUAAGCCUCUGCAGUCUAUAAAAAGGUCUUCAAAGAAACGCUCAUGCAUAAUCAUUGCCUUUGUCUGGCUCUACUCACUGGGAUGGAGUGUAUGUCCUCUCUUUGGAUGGAGUUCCUAUAUACCUGAAGGUUUGAUGAUAUCUUGUACAUGGGACUACGUAUCCUAUUCUCCAGCAAACAGAAGUUAUACCAUGAUGCUAUGUUGCUUUGUGUUCUUUAUCCCUCUGAUAAUAAUCUUCCACUGCUAUCUAUUCAUGUUUCUGGCCAUUAGAAGUACUGGCAGGAACGUUCAGAAGUUAGGAUCAACCUAUAACCGGAAGUCGAAUGUUUCGCAUUCAGUGAAGAGUGAAUGGAAGUUAGCAAAAAUCGCCUUUGUGGCUAUUGUGGUGUUUGUUCUGUCCUGGUCCCCAUAUGCUUGUGUCACUCUGAUUGCGUGGGCAGGCUACGCCAAGACCUUAAACCCAUAUUCUAAAUCUGUGCCAGCUGUUAUUGCCAAAGCUUCUGCGAUCUACAAUCCCAUAAUCUAUGCAAUCAUUCACCCAAGAUACAGGAGAACUAUUCGAAGUGCUGUCCCUUGCUUGAGAUUCCUUAUACGGAUCUCACCAAGUGAUCUUUCAACAAGUUCUGUAAACGAGUCGUCAUUCAGGGCUUCUAUGUCCAACCGUCACUCUUUUGCUGCCAGGAACAAGAGCAGUUGUGUUUCUUCCAUUUCUGCAGCAGAAACUGCUUGGAGUGACAUGGAGCUUGAGCCUGUGGAGGCAGCCCAUAAGAAACAGCAACCCCAUCGAAGCAGCUCUUUCUCAGAACAAGCAGAAGAAGAGAGUGGGUUGCUGCUAAAGACCCAGAGCUGUAAUGUGCUGACUGGAGAAAAGGUUGCAGUGUCCUCCAUCAGUCUGCAUGACCCGUUUGAGAGAUCGUUUGGAGAGAAUGCCCCAGAACUGCUGCUCAAGCCCAGCUGUUUGAGAACAUCAUCUCUUCCAUUUGGCUUGAACAGUAGCAGCACGGAAGAGAAUGCAGACACUUCUCACAUGGAAGUUCAAGAGCAGCAAACAGAUGGAAGCCUCGACUCAUUCAUGAGCCCCACCGUCCCACAAAUAGUUAUUGUUUCUACCUCAGAGACCACCCUCUCUGAGGGGCAAGAUGAGCCAGAAAAUGGACGGGCAGAAAAUUCCAGUGUAUUAUUUUCUCCAGGAAAGAAUCACCUGUUGGACAUAAGAAGGCUUAGCUCCUCUACCAACCUCAUUGAAGCAAUUGAGAAGCUUCUGUCCUAAAUAUGGAAGAGAACAACUAUUUGCUCUUUUUGCUGCUGCUUUGCAUUAUUAUACCAAAAAAGAGGGGGGAGAUACCCACAUGAAGAACUGUGAGCCUUGUAGAUUAAGCAGAUAACUUUAUAUAUACUGGUAUAUUUUUUGUAAUGCAAUCUUUAGCCCUUCUUGAAUUUUAUGCACUUGGCAGAAGCAAAACAACAGCAAUAGAUGCUGAAGGCACAAAGCAUCCAUAGCGUAGAUAACAAGUGUUUGCCAACCAAAACACCUAGU